AUGGAGCUUAAAUCUCUCUUCAGCUUGAACAUAUACUUUUGUCUAUCGGCCCUCAUCACCCUCAACUCGGCCGCGCCUGGGGCUACAACUCGCAUCUCACCAUCGGAUUAUGAAUGGCACGCACUGCCCGCAAUCCCCUCGCCUCGACAAGAACAAUCCGUCGUCGCGGUGGGAAACAGAGUAUACAUCAUUGGUGGGAUCACGAGUAAUUUCUCCUACACAAGCGACACCCUCAACGAGCCGGUGGAGCUUCAACCUGUGAAAGAUGUUGAAUUCUACGAUAUCGAACAGCGUAGUUGGGGUUCAGCAGCCCCUCUUCCUGUCAGCAUCAAUCAUGGCAACGUGGCGAGUGUCGGAGGGAAGAUAUACCUCCUCGGAGGUCUUUCCGGCGCAAACAUGAGCACUUGGAACAAUCUUGCGAACAGCUACGUCUACGACCCUAGCUUGGACACGUGGACAGAGAUCGCCCCUAUGCCUGAGGGCACCGCGAGAGGAGGUGCAGCCGUUGGUGUUUACGGCUCUACCAUCAUUCUCGCAGGUGGACUUACAAAGCUCGACCUCACAGGGAAUCACGACCAAUUGAGUGUCAACUUCGUCAGCUCCUAUGAUACCAAGACCAAUAAAUGGAGCACCUCAUUCCCAUCACUACCAGGAGCAAGAGAUCAUGUUGCAGGGGCGGUUAUCGGCCAUACCUUCUAUGUGACCGGUGGCCGAGAUUUGGGCCAGUAUAACACGCGCAACAACACCUGGGCAUUGGAUCUCACGUCACCGUCAUUGUCUUGGGUUGAGAAGGCGCCACUGCCCACUGCACGUGGUGGAUUGGCAAGCGUUGCUAUCAGGCAGUAUCUUUUCACCUUUGGUGGCGAAGGCAAUACGAUGGACCCAAAUGGUGUAUUCAACAAUACGGAGGUAUAUGACACAGUAAACGACUCCUGGUUGAUUGGGCCUCCGAUGAGUCUACCACGUCACGGGACGAAUGCAGUCGCAAUUGGACCAGAGAUAUUCAUUCCGGGGGGAGGCAUUUUGAUUGCUGCAGGGCCGGUCAACGCCAGCACUGUCUACAGGCCUAAGGUUAUGUGGUAA